UUUGAAUUGGUUUGUUCCGCUUAUUGUUUGCCUGAGAUUAAGCUUCGUUACGAAGAAAAAUUAUUCAGUAGUUUAACGUUAUAAAUAAUGGAGACAGAAUAUUACUCUUUUUUGUGUUAUGAUGGUGUCGAACGAACUUUUAAGUGUCAGUCCACUCAAACACUUGAAGAAGAUAUGGUUAUGCACUUUGAAGUUGACUCAGAUAUAGUUGCUGUUACUAGUGAAGGAACUGAGGAUAUUGAUAUUAUGGGUGACGAAUACACAGAAAGCCGAGAAGAAGAUGGAAGCCUCGAUUUCGAUAACAUGAGAAAAUCUGUAUCGUUUCGCAAAACUCCUGUCGAACUCAUUGUUCCGGCUAAAUAUGUAGACGAUGAAUAUGGAGUGGAAAGUGCACCAGAGUCGUCCUCUGAUAAGGAAGAAUAUCCUACUCGAGAAGAAUAUACAAAUCGUGAAUGGAUAAAUAAACCAAUAUCUAAUUGGAUUAAUGAUACUUAUGUUAAUAUUCCAAAUAUUUUAGAUCAAGUUGAUAGUUUUAAAAAUGUAAAAGAUGAACAAAAUGUAGACAAUAAUUUUAAUUUUCCUUAUAUAUUACAAAUCUAUAAACAUUUAACUGGUCGUAAUAUUUUUAUAAGAAUAAUCUUGAAGAUACUACAAAAGAAAACACUUAAGACAAUAAAACAUACCAUUUAAAGGAUCAAAAUGACGGGAUAGUCAAAGCUAGUUAAUUUUUUUUGAAGUUUGAUGACAUUUUAGAUUAUCACUUUAAAGAAAGAAGUCCAACGAUUAGUGAUAGUUGCUUUAUAGUAUGCUUUCGUAUAUAUCCAGUAUUCUCCUGAAUGAGUUGAUCAAUAGAUCAGAUAUCAAUUCCUUCUGGAGUAGAUUUCAAGGUAAGAUUAUUUGAUAGACCAAACUUAAAUACACAGACAUAAAGUUUGUUCUUCGCUUUUGACCUCACCUGUUGAA